AAUAUCCCCUGCAGGUACUCUGUGUGUGUGUGUGUGUGUGUGUGUAAAAGCCCCCUGCUGUAAAGACUCUGGUGCGCACUGAUCUUCUUUUUCUUCUUUUUGUUUGUUGUGGUCCAUUUGCAUUGUCGAUUCUUCCUGGUAUACCAUUGCGACGGAUGUGGUGGUCUCGAGCCGUAUCGUUUCCCUUGUAUUAACUGUCUUCCGUUCAACUCGGACGAUUUUUCAAUUGGGUAGUCGUUAUAUGAUGGCUUCCAAACCGCCUCGGUUAUCUAUGCUCAACCAUGCCGCAGGCAUCUAUGCCGACAUGUCUGUUGAUGGGCCCGCUAUUGGGACUCUGGUCCUCGUCGUCGACCGGGCGAAGAACCUGCCCAACAGAAAGACUAUGGGAAAACAAAAUCCCUAUUGCGCGGCUCGUUUAGGAAAAGAAGCGAAGAAAACUGACACGGACAUGCGUGGUGGUCAAACGCCGAGAUGGGAUCAAGAGCUCCGAUUCACCGUACAUGAGUCUCCGGACUAUUUCCGGCUCAAGGUAUCUAUAUUCAACGAUGAUAAAAGAACCGACCUUAUUGGCGAGACAUGGAUUGAUCUCAAAGACCUGAUCAUCCCCGGAGGUAGCCAAAGCGAUAGCUGGCAUCCGUUACAAUUUCGCGGGAAGUAUGCUGGUGAAAUUCGUAUCGAGAUGACUUACUACGACACUAGACCGGAAGAUGACGCAGUCAUUGAACGACGUACUCAAGUAGUGGAGAAAGUUCACGCUCCGAGUAGACCUAGUACCUCGAGCUCAAGCUUGAACUUAACCCCGAGCCCAGCGCCGAUCAGCUCUUCUUCAUCUUUAUCUGGACCUCGACAACUGAAAGAGGUCAAGCGACGUCCGUUGCCUAGUGAUCCGACUGGGUCACGUCCUACGCUUCCAGAAAAGACCGCUUCGGCUCCAGUACCAACCCAGUCACCUCCUCGUCCGGCUCCUGAGCAUUCCCAUUCGACUCCUCCCCGUCCAGUCCAUGAACAUCCCCAUUCUACACCUCCCCCGGCUGAAUAUUCACGCCACCCAUCCCGAUAUCCAGUGUCUCCCGAGGCCCCCUUUGAUGCGACAGCAUAUGGUCCACCCCCUUCGCACCCAGGGAGGACCUAUGAAACUCCAGAUGAUUUUCAUCGAGAAUGGAGUCAACCUGCGUCUCAUUAUGCCCCACCUCCCUCUAAGCGUCAUCCGCAGGAACUGCCCUACCAUUCGUACCGUGACAGGCCGGAGUCUUACGAUACACGCUCUCACGCACGGCCGCGAUCUGGUUAUGGUAAUAUGCCCCCUGCGGACUUCCGCUCUUCGAGGCACGACCGGCCAACAAGUCGAUCCGGGCCGGAGAUGCAUCCGCCGAUGUCACAGGCCACCCCACCUCGACCGAGUAGCCACCACAGCAACCAUUAUUCGUUCCCUUCCGCGGAGCAAUAUGUGCCGAACGAGAUCGUUCAUGGACAGCAAGUUUCAAGAUAUACACAACACUCUCCGGUCAGUAUCCACGAUCCCCAGGUAGAAUACGGUUCCCAUCCAGUGGAAACCGAGCCCCGUUAUCGCUCGCAUAGCAACUCUUUGGUCAAGGAGACCAGCCCUUUCCGCCCUCCUAGUAGUCGUGAGAGUCUACCGGCAGAGUACGCGACGAUGCAACCACGGGUGGAAGAUGAAGAAGAGGAGGGCCCUCCGCCACCACCCCCAGUUCAUCGAUCAGGCCUGGUUCAGACCAGUCAGCAGUUAGUACCGUCACCAACCCCUUCGUACCAAGCUUACUCGCCAGAGCUUGCAUCCCCCCGGACCUCCAACGAAAUCAACCUAUCGUUGCCGUCCCACAUGCAGUCCGAUGGGGGCCGGAUCCAGGACCUCCCCCCACAUACGAACGGGCCAUCCAUGCCACCCAGUCUAGUCGCCGGGUUUGACCCUGCGAUUGCAGAGGCCGAAUCAGACCGUGCUGCACAUGAGAGGCGCCAGAGCCGCAGACGCAGUGAGCUGAUCGAAGAGGUCAUUAUGCCUCUGGAACCGACGUCCGUGACCCCCCCUUACCCAGUAGAAGUCUCUCCGCCGAUCGUGGACGAGCGCCGAUCGCUCGGUAGUAGAAGCUCAGCGCAUUCAUUGGAGACUCGUCUUGUUCCUCGCAGGAAAUCUGUCAGCCCCCGGCCGCCGCUGCUAGGGGAGCGAGAAGCAUCACAAAUUCCAUUCUCGCCAGAUUCAUAUGACGCCUUUAAUCCGAACGCAGCUCGUGCGGCAGUCCUGCGUGACCCAGAACCGGCAUAUGAAACGCCAGCACAGGCGAUGGAGGCUGCUCGACGGUCUGAGAGGGAAGCAGCGCGGGACCCAGGUCCGAUCAUUGGCGACGACGGUCGGGAGAUUGAUCCCUCUGACCAUCUCCCUACCGAUACGUGGGCCCCGGAGCCAGAGCGAAAGACUAAGAAACCAGGCGUGGUGGUUCGUUUCAAGAAUGUUCCUCGAAAGAGGAGCCCCGCGCCGCCAGCACCCGUCAAAGAGUUUGCCCCACGAUCCAAGCCUUUGGUCGAUGGACGAUAUCGCCGUCCCCAGUCGUACGUGGCGCCGGAUCCCGCUAGUCGAAUAUCUCCAGGGGAUACGAGUCGUGGCCGCGCACUUUCGCCCUACGGACAUGGACGGACACUAAGUUCACCAAAUGCGACUCCCUCACCCCAUUCUCAUCGAAGCUCUGUCUCCCCUUCUCCACGCGGCCACUCACCCUCCAGUUUGUACGCCCCGAGCAACCCCGGGCCGCCAAUUCCAGCCAAGGUGCCGAUUGCCCAGCCGAUGAGCCAAAAUUAUCCUGUGAUGGCGGGUAACCAGGGGAUGGAUGCGCUCAGUCGAGAGUUGAAUACAAUCGACAUUGGGUCUGUGGGGUUCACCAAUAGGCAGGCGCUGAGGAGAUAUGUCCCGAAAUUGCCGGCUGGAUACGCGGCCUGAAAACGGUCCAUGACUUGAUGACCUCUUUCUUUCUUUCCUUUUUUCUUCAUUGGCCUUUUAAGAUUGCAUGGAAAACGAAAACGUAUGAAUGUGCGUUGGGUUUAUAUUUUCGGAUGGCGUUUGGGUGUAUACAUACAGAUAUCUAUACAUACGCAGAUUGAUACUUGGCACAUGGCUGACCUGAUUUGAUUUGAUGUGACGAAUAUAAAACGAUUGCAUUGCCUUGAAUUGAAUAGAAAGCU